UUUUGUCAACUUUGUCAGAAAAAAAGCACGAUGAACGUUUACUAAAAAUACUUAUUUUUUAAACCAAAUUAUUUGCUUUUUGAUAAAGUGUAUAGCUAAAUUAGGCCUUUUUCUAUAAAGUACAGACAUGAUUAAGUCAGAAAGCUUUCAGUUUGGCCCCUGGACGGUCACAUCAAGAAAAGGCACCAUUUUGACAGCACAAGAUAAUGAAAGGUUGUCAGCAGAAUUGUCACUACCCUCACUCCCUGAGAUGACGUUUGGUAAAAACCUCCUUCAAAUUCAACAUGCGGAAGGAUUUGGUAUUGAGUUUAAUGCUGUUGAUGCAUUAAGAUGGGUUGAUAAUAAACAUGAUCUGAUGAAAGUGGCUGCGGCUGAUCAAUGGCAGAAAGAAAGGCAGGACUCAGAGUUCAUAAAAGAUGUAAUCAAGCCAUUUGACUGGACAUACACAACAGAUUACAAAGGAACACUCCUGGUGGGAUCCAGUAGUUUAAGAAUAUCUAGUACAGCAAAGAGAAUCGACAUGGAAAAACUGAAAAUUAGGGAAAAGAUUUAUUUUUAUGAUGAUGUAGUAUUAUAUGAAGAUGAGCUGGCUGACAAUGGUGUUGCUAAAUUAAAUGUUAAAAUGAGAGUUAUGCAGAGUUCAAUAUUUCUACUAUUAAGGUUUUUCUUACGAGUUGAUGGAGUAUUGGUUAGAAUAAAUGAUACAAGAUUGUACCACGAGGCUGGAACUAAUUUCAUUCUGAGAGAAUAUACAUCUAAAGAGAAACCAGUUUCUAAAUUAAAGGGUGCCCUGACUGAUCCAACCGCGUUAAGUGAUCAGCUCGACUUGGUAAAAGAAGUUUAUGAAAUAUUGGCGUUUCCUGAAAACGUCAAUGCUACUGCUGGGGUAGAAACUUCUAAAUAACCACUGAUAAUCUUUAGUAUUAUCUAUUCUGGAGAUGCAGAAUGGCUUGCAUCAUGAGGCUGUUUGAGGGGACACUAUAUUAAUAUAUACAGGGCUUCUGACAGGAUGCGGGAAAAAAAAUUGAAAUUUUACCUUGAUUUUGCUUCUUUAUUUGACACUGGUCUUGUUUAUCUCAGGUUUUUAAAUCCACACGUGUAAUCGUCGUGUUCUUCGCACUACAUGCAAUUCUUCUCGAUAUGCUUCUCUCCAAAACAUUGCUUUGAAUGUUUUUUUUUCGAAACCUUAAAUUUAUGAUCUGUUUUUGAAGCUCAACAAAAAAUCUYAACGUUAUUUACCACCUCACCUCACCUUGCACAACAAUCGUUUGCAUAUUCGUAGUUAAUAGAUUAUCUAUUAUGUACGCCUUAUUAUAGGAAAUUAACUCGCUCCACAAAAUCAAAAAUCCUUAAAUAGCAUAAUUUAAGUCGUAAUGAUGAAAAGGUAAAUUAUACACCGUGAAAAGAUGAAAAAACUUACU